AUGGCAGCCCCCGUGAGCACUGUGGGAAAACCCUCAGCUGAGCGGUUACCGUUCAAUACUACGAGUUUUCAGAAGAAAACGAGGACGAAGUUAAUCUCCAUACCUGGCACCAGACCAUCGGUUCAGAAUGGACAACUCUUAGUGUCGACCGGUGUCACGUCGCUCGACUAUCUGCUCGGUGGCGGAUUAGCAGUUGGAACAGUACUUCUCAUAGAGGAGGACCGAUAUGAUAGCUACUCUCGUAUGAUCUUGAAGUACUUCCUGGCAGAAGGAGUAGUGUGUCGACAUGAACUGUUUGUGGCGGCGGCUCACGAUAACCCAGAUGACAUCUUACAGGAACUCCCGGCUCCCAUCUUGGACGAUGUUGCUAUCCACAAACCAGUGGAGCAGCCCAGGCUGUCCUGUGAACCUCAAGACAGUUUGGAUGCCAUGAAGAUAGCCUGGCGCUAUCAGAAUCUUCCAAAAGUACAGAGCGCCCUGGCAUCCUCGUCCCGGUUCGGGCACUACUAUGACGUCUCCAAGACGAUGGAGCCAGAAAUUCGCCAGGCAGCCAAGUGCCACUGCUUUUACCUUCCAGAACAUCCCACCCAGUCAUCAGCCACACGCAGUGCCACGCUUGAGUCCUACUCUGCGCUGCUGAAGUCACUUCAAGAGGUCAUAAACAGGGAGGGCUUUGAUGUCGCAGCCCCGAUGUCAAAGUCGCGUAACAUCCUGCGAAUUGGGCUCCACUCUCUUGGCUCGGCUCUGUGGGGCGAUGACCUGAGUUGCCACGACAACCCUAGAAAUGGCCACGCCCUCACUACCUUUCUCUAUGGACUGCGUGCUUUGCUGAGGUCAUCGCUAUCCGUUGCAGUAGUCACUGUGCCGUCACAUCUCAUCCAGGACAGAGCUCUCAUGGGCAGCAUAACCAGGCUAUGUGACAACGCCAUAGCCCUGGAAUCAUUCAAAGGCUCCGAGAGAGAGACCAACCCACUCUACAAAGAUUACCAUGGUCUGAUGCAUGUACGUCAAAUACCUCACCUGAACUGCCUGGCGAGUAAACUCCCUGACCACAAAGACCUGGCCUUUAAGCUCAAGAGAAAACAGUUCACUAUUGAGAGACUGCAUUUGCCUCCAGACUUGUCUGAGACGGUGAGUCGCGUGAGCAGGGGCGAGCUGGCAAGAGCGGCCGCGGCGGCUUCAGCCUGUGGCUCUGGAGGUUCCGGCAACAAACACCUGGACUUCUAGCGCUCCCACAUAGUCGCCAAGGGCAACCGACACCUGGAGCGCCGCGGCGUUGCCCUCUUUGCCGUGGCGACCGGGUUGUUCCCUCGCCCGCGUAACGUCAACCUCAAUAACCCUGCGAGCCAUGACCACCUGCCACCUGGCCCAACCCGGGGGGAAGAUCUGAAAAUCAACGACAGUUCAAGUUUCUUCUACAUGCUGUCGACUCACACAUUGACAUUUGAACGUGCCGUUCUGCGAUGAGGAGUUCAUGUAACUUAUAUUAGUGGCCAAGUUUGAAUACCUAUUUUUUCCACUGUAAGUUGCCUCAGGUGUUUGUAUGACGGUAUGUUUGAUUGCCAGGGUGAACAGUACUUAACCCAAUUCAAAUCCAAGAUGCCGGGAUUAUUCAAAGGUGUAUUCAGAGCAUUCGGUUAGCAGCAAUCAACUAUUUACAAUGUAAAGAUAGAGUGAAAGAAGUCACACUGCCUCCAUGUUUGUUGAAAUCCAAACUCUGUGCUUUGUUUACGUUGUCCACUCGUGCAUUUUAGUGCAUUUCUAGUGCAUUUUUAGUGCAUUCUCUCUGGUGCCCAUUUAGCUAGCUAGCUAAUGGCCUCCGCUCUUCACUGCGCUCAUACAGCGGUUACCGCGCUGCUAGCCGCUAGCCGCCGACUCAGCCAUCUUGAUGUUUAGAGUGAAGGUAAUAGAGAUGCUCCGAAUUCCAUACUGAGCACCUUUAAGAUUUGGCACAUUUUGUUUGUUUUUUGUUGUUCUCGGUCUCUGGGGAUUUCACUUACAACUAAAGUGUCAUCAUGAAAUAUCUUUUAGUCUACACUCUUGGCAAACAGUAAAUAAUGUAACUGCCUUGUCCCUCGCUUUGAGCGUACUGUACAACCAGAGUGGCCACUCCUCCUGACAAGCUCCAUAUGUACUAUAGUAUUCUUUUUCUUGGAAAAUGUAAUAAAAAGGUGCUUUUGUUUAGUUAAAUAAAAGCAAAUAAAUUCACAAAA